GGGACGAACGGUCUCUGGGGACACGCAGGCAACUGGCCUCCCAACUGUUGCCCCCAUGCAGAGACCCUCCUUUCUCUCGCAGCGGCCGCUAUUGCUGCUGCUGCUGUCGCCGUGGCCAGUCUGGACCCAGACGCCUGCGGCGGCCUCCCGCUGGGGAACUCAGGGCGCCCCCCACUGCCCCGAGGCGUGCGCGUGCGCGCCAGGCGGCCAGGCCAACUGUUCGGGGCGAGCGCUGCUCGCCGUGCCAGCGGGCCUGAGCCGGCCGGUGCGCGCGCUGCUGCUGGACCACAACCGCGUGCGCGCGCUGCCGCCUGGCGCCUUCGUGGGCGCUGGCGCGCUGCUACGCCUGGACCUGCGAGAGAACGGACUGCGCUGGGUGCACGCGCGGGCUUUCUGGGGCCUGGGCGCGCUUCAGGAGCUCGACCUCGGCGCCAAUCAGCUGGAGGCGCUGGUGCCCGGCACCUUCGCGCCACUGCGCGCGCUGCGCGUCCUCUCGCUGGCGGACAACCAGCUGGCGCGCCUGGAGCCCGCGGCUCUAGGCGCGCUCCCGCUGCUGGGCGCGCUCAGCCUGCAGGAUAACGAUCUGUCUGCGCUCGCGCCCGGCCUGCUGGCCGGCCUGCCCGCUCUCAACACGCUGGGCCUGCGCGGCAACCCCUGGGCCUGCGGCUGCGCGCUGCGCCCGCUCUGCGCCUGGCUGCGCAGGCACCCGCGGCCCGCGCCAGAGGCCGAGACGCUGCUCUGCGUGUCGCCCGGGCGGCUGACGCUCAGCCCCUUGACCGCCUUCUCCGAAGCCGCCUUCAGCCACUGCGGGCAGCCCCUUGCCCCGCGGGACCUGGCCGUGGUCUACGCGUUCGGGCCCCUCUCCUUCCUCGCCAGCCUGGCUGCCUGCAUGGCUCUGGGCUCCGUGUUCACCGCCUGCCGCGCGCGCCGCCGCCGCCGCCGCGCCGCCGCCGCCCGCUGCCCGCCGAGGAGACUGCCGGAUCCCAGUCGCGGCCCGGCCUCGCCUGCGGACCCGGGGAGCACGGAGAACGCCGCUGCCCAAGCCUGA